GGGACGCGGCGCGCGGUCACGCAGUCCCUCUUCCUCCUGCCGGGGCGACCCGGCUGGCGCGGCUCUGCGCACUCCCGUGCGUCCCGGGAGCGUGUCUGCCGAUCUCUGCGCGCACCCGGCCGCUCCCCGCCGUAGCGGGCGCCAUGGCGCUCCCCGGGGCCCGGGCCUGCGGCUGGGCGGCGGCGACCAAAAUGGCCCAGAGGCGUCGCCACGCGGAGGGCGCCAAGGGAUCCCGGAGUCCUGCGCCCCCGAGCUCGCGCGCGGCGCUUUACGUGCACUGGCCGUACUGCGAGAAGCGCUGCAGCUACUGCAAUUUCAACAAGUACGUCCCCCGCGGCGUGGAGGAGGCUGCCAUGCGGAGCUGUCUGGUGACUGAGGCGCAGACGCUGCUGGGGCUCAGCGGCGUGCGGCGGGUGGACUCUGUGUUCUUUGGUGGGGGCACCCCCAGCCUGGCCAGUCCCAACACUGUGGCUGCUGUCCUGGAGGCGGUGGACCAGGCAGCCCACCUGCCUGCAGACUCCGAAGUCACAUUGGAGGCCAACCCCACUUCGGCCCCAGGCUCUAGGCUGGCAGCUUUUGGGGCAGCAGGGAUCAACAGGUUGUCCAUUGGUCUCCAGUCCCUAGAUGACAAGGAGCUCCAGCUGCUGGGGCGGACACACUCGGCCAGCGAUGCGCUUCAGACACUGGCAGAGGCCCGACGUCUCUUUCCCGGACGUGUAUCUGUGGACCUGAUGUUGGGGCUUCCGGCACAGAAGUCGGGGCCGUGGCUCCGGCAGCUGCAGGAACUGCUGGGCUACUGUGACGACCACAUCUCCCUCUACCAGCUGACCCUGGAGCGGGGCACCGCACUCUUCACCCAGGUGCAGCGGGGCACCCUUCCCGCUCCUGACCCCGAGGUGGCUGCUGAGAUGUAUCAGGAGGGACGGGCGUUGCUCCGGGAGGCAGGCUUCCGCCAGUAUGAGGUCUCCAACUUCGCCCGCAAUGGGGCGCUUAGUACCCACAAUUGGACUUACUGGCAGUGCGGUCAGUACCUUGGCGUUGGGCCCGGGGCCCACGGGCGAUUUGUGCCCCAGGGGGCCCGGGGCCACACCCGGGAGGCUCGGAUCCAGACCCUGGAGCCCGACAACUGGAUGAAAGAGGUGACGCUGUUUGGCCACGGCACCCGGAAGCGCGUUCCCUUGGGCGAGCUGGAGCUGCUAGAGGAAGUUUUGGCCAUGGGGCUACGUACAGACGUGGGGAUCACUCACCAGCACUGGCAGCGUUUUGCAUCCCAGCUGAGCCUAUGGGACGUGUUUGGAUCAAGCCAGGAGGUGAAGGCCUUGCUGGUACAGGGCCUGUUGCUGCUGGAUCACAGGGGUCUUCGGUGUUCCUGGGAGGGUCUGGCUGUGCUAGACUCUCUGUUGCUGACCCUCCUGCCCCGACUCCAAGAGGCCUGGCUGCAGAGAGCCCCCUCCCCUGGGCAAGGGGGAUGACCAGAUGUUUCUGUGAUCCCAGGACAGUGCCAGGUGGGCUCUGGGGGCCGGACUGACGCUCUCCACUGGCAGGUGCCGUCCCAGCUCCAGUCAGUGCCCUUCCUUGGUAUCCCCAGGGGGUAUGGCUACCAUGAGGCGCGCGAGAGGACAUUGCUGGUUUGCAAACUGGCAUUGAGUUUGCCAUUCCGCUGCCAGAGAAGGAGUAAUGGUUUCUGCAAGUGCCUCUCACUAGUGGGCUCCAAAGGAAAUCCUGGCUGGCAGAAGAUUCUGAGAAAUCUAGCUCUCAGGCUUCUAGCCCCUCCAACAUAGGGCAGGACUUAGAGGGCCCGACCUGUGCGGCUGGACCCGUGCCCAUAUCCAGUACAGCCACCUGCUGGACUCUGAGGACAGUGGGAAAGAUCAGAGCAAGCCUUACCCUUUCUCUUUUGGCAACCGGGUUAUGUCUGGGGUCCCAGAGCCACACAGACCCUCCUGCGUCCCCGGCUCCCCUCCCCUCCCCUUCUCUCACAAGAGUGAAGGUCACAGGGAGCUAAGCAGGGAAAGGGGAGGGGAAAGGAAUUCAGGAAAGACCCAGAGCCUGGUAAUUUUCCCCUGGCCUUUUACCUGCACAAACGAUUGCCUGGUUUUAUUUAAACAGCCCAACAAGCCCAGGGAGGGAGCCCGCCUUGACCUUCGUCAGCUCCUUUUUCUAGGUUCCUUCCCUGGAGAGUAGAAUCCUGAUUUGGGGGCUCGAGGCUUAGUCUAGAGCCGAGAUUCCUUCCCCCACUGUACAUUCCAUUUUAAAAGAUUUCAAACCUACAGGAAAGUUGAAAGGAUAGUUCAAUGUAAACUACAUAGCCUUCGUUGCAGGGUGCCUGUACAGUCUGGAAAGAGGAAGGAUUCAUAAUGUCAUCAAGGACAUCUUCAACCUGUAAAAAAA